AUGUCACUACGUUUAAUCACUAGAAGAUCUCUUACCAAUACCCUUUCCAGGGCCACCGUCAACAGGGUCACUGUUGCUCCACUGUUGACACGUUUUAACUCGACUGUCACAAGUGCUGCUCCUGCCGAACCAGUUGACCCUAAGAUCGCUUCUAUUGUCUCUGAGAUCUCAAAAUUGACUUUGCUGGAGACCUCUAGCUUAAUCACCGAAUUGAAGACACAAUUGAACAUCCCAGACAUUGCUAUGCCAGUGGCUGGCGCUGCUGUAAGCGCUGGUUCUGCUGAUCCUACAGCUGCCAAAGCUGAAGAGGAGGAGAAACCACAAGAAAAGACUAUCUUCACAGUUAAAUUGGAGGCCUUCGACGCCAAAUCAAAACCAAAGAUUAUCAAGGAAAUCAAGAACUUACUGGGUCUUUCCCUAGUUGAAGCUAAGAAAUUUGUCGAGGCUGCUCCAAAGGUUUUGAAGGACAACGUUGCAAAGGAAGAUGCUGAUAAAAUAAAGGCUACUUUAGAAGGUCUUGGUGCCAAGAUCUCAUUGGAAUAG